UCUGGCACUGAAGAUGUUGUGGGAGUUUCCUUUAACGUUACACAAUGUUUAAAAUGACUCAUGAGCUUUCUAUAUAAACAGCUGUCAGGAUAAACAGAAAUCAUCAGAUCAUCUGCUCUUCAAGUUUACUAUCAGACUACAAUAAUUCAAAUCUCGUUUCGAAAAUGGCAACAACUGUGGGUUUAAUCGGUGGUAAUGGAGGUAAUCCGUUUUCCUUCACUGGUGAGAGUAAUGGUGCCAGUUUAGAGAAGAUCUGGGUUUGGGUUGUAGACUCAAGGGUGAAGGCGGUCAGGGCCUGGCUUACAGACGGAAGCGACAAAACCUUUGGUAAUCCGGACGGAUCGCAUCAUGAGUAUACGUUUCAGCCCGGUGAGCUCAUCACAUCAUUGUCUCUGUGGGGAAACGGAAUGGGAACGCGUCUUGGAGCCAUCAAAUUCAAAACCAACCGUGGAGGAGAAUUCUUUGCAAAAAUGACAAGCUGGGGUUUGAAGACAGAAUAUCCUAUGAAUGUCGGCUCUGGAUUUUGUCUGGGCAUUCAGGGAAACUGUGGAUCAGACAUCGACAACAUGGGUUUUGUGUUUCUCAAUAAAGUACAAUCAAUACUUCUUACCAAUGUCAAGUAUCCCACUCUUUCUGAGAUGACACCGCAGGUAGUAGUGGAAGAAAUUACAUCUAGUACCUUUGAGAAUGAAACCUCCACCAGUCAAGAGCAAACCAUUGAAAGCUCGAAGAAAAUAACCAAAACAUGCUCAUGGUCUAAUACAACAAGCGUUUCUGCAACAUUCUCUAUGGAGGUGAAGGCUGGGAUUGCUAAGACUGCAGAAGUUACCACCGGAUUCAGUUUUACAGUAGGAACAGAAAACACUUACAGUAAAGAAGAGACGGAUGAAAGAACCCAAACUAAAUCCUUUAAAAUAGCUGUUCCCCCACGGAAAAAAGUGUAUGUCCUUGUCACCAUAGGCAGGUGUAGUUUUGAUGUUCCUUACACCGGGACAAUGAAGGUCACGACUAAUGAUGGUGCUGUGUUAACAUAUGAAACCAGAGGACAACACAAAGGAGUCACUUACACUGAAAUAAGAGUAAGCACCAAAGAAUCUGAUAUCUAAUAAAUUUCUUAAUUUGAUUAAUCAAUCUUUCUACAUUUAAUUGCAGGGUUUCUAAGGUUUGAUUUCAAAAUUAAUAUUUUCAAGUUUAAAUGACUUAAGUUUUCCACUUUAAAUGAAAGAAUAAAUAAAUCACCUGUAUAAUCAUUUAUUGCUUUUUGUCAUGUGAUUUCUUUAUUUUAAGAUGAUUAAUCACUUUAUUGCAGGGUUUCUAAGGUUUGAUUUUAAAAUGAAUAUUUUCAAGUUAAAAUUACUAAAGUUUUCUACUUUAAAUGAAAGAAUAAAUAAAUCACCUGUAUAAUCAUUUAUUGCUUUUUUAUGUGAUUUCUUUAUUUUAAGAUGAUUAAUCACUUUAUUGCAGGGUUUCUAAGGUUUGAUUUUAAAAUGAAUAUUUUCAAGUUAAAAUGACUAAAGUUUUCUACUUUAAAUGAAAGAAUAAAUAAAUCACCUGUAUAAUCAUUUAUUGCUUUUUUAUGUGAUUUCCUUAUUUUAAGAUGAUUAAUCACUUUAUUGCAGGGUUUCUGAGGUUUGAUUUCAAAAUGAAUAUUUUCAAGUUUAAAUUACUUAAGUUUUCUACUUUAAAGCAACACUAUGUAGUUUCCAUGUAAAAAUGACUUACAGCUCCUCCAUGUGGUUGAAAAGCGCAACAGUGCCUGGUAUCAGACACUCUUCUGCAGGCAGGGAGAGGGGCGGGGCUGUGUUUCCUACCCUCCACCUCCACUUUCAGAGUGUGCUUGUAGCAGCUAGGAGGCUGCUCAGGUUGUAGCAACAGUACAGUUUGUCCAGUUAAAAGUUGUUUUAUCACUGAAAUAAUUUUAGAGACAUUAUUUAAAGGUAAAAAAACUAUAUAGUGUUGCUUUAAAUGAAAGAAUAAAUAAAUCACCUGUAUAAUCAUUUAUUGCUUUUUGUUAUGUGAUUUCUUUAUUUUAACAUGAUUUAUCACUUUACUGUUAAUGAGCUGUGUAUAAUGAAAACUCAGCAUUAAUAAAGUUUUGUUAACAUCA